UUGAAGAUGUCAGCAGAUAUACCAUUAAAUAUUAAUAUCAAGGAGCCCCGAUGGGAUCAAAGCACUUUUGUUGGACGAGCCAGUCACUUCUUUACUGUAACAGACCCCCGGAAUAUUUUGUUAUCUGAUGCCCAACUGGAAAAUGCAAGAAAAAUUGUGCAUGAUUACAGACAAGGUAUCGUGGCACCUGGCUUGACGGAAGAUGACUUGUGGAGAGCAAAAUAUAUCUACGAUUCAGCCUUUCACCCAGACACUGGUGAAAAGAUGGUCUUGAUUGGCCGUAUGUCAGCUCAGGUGCCCAUGAACAUGACUAUCACAGGUUGUAUGAUGACCUUUUAUAGAACGACACCAGCCGUGGUUUUCUGGCAGUGGAUUAACCAGUCCUUCAAUGCUAUAGUAAAUUACACGAACAGGAGCGGUGAUGCCCCAAUUACUGUCAGCCAGCUGGGAACAGCCUAUGUUUCUGCUACCACUGGUGCUGUCGCAACAGCUUUAGGACUUAAUGCACUAACAAAGCAUGUCUCACCUCUUAUAGGACGGUUUGUUCCUUUUGCUGCUGUUGCUGCUGCUAACUGCAUUAAUAUUCCACUAAUGAGACAAAGGGAGCUCAAAUUUGGAAUCCCCGUCACAGAUGAGAACGGAAACAGACUGGGUGAAUCAACAAAAGCAGCUCAGCAGGCAAUUACCCAGGUGGUUAUAUCAAGGAUUCUUAUGGCUGGGCCUGGCAUGGCUAUUCCUCCCUUCAUAAUGAAUACAUUGGAAAAGAGAGCCUUUUUAAAGAGAUUUCCUUGGAUGAGUGCUCCCAUUCAAGUUGGAUUAGUCGGAUUCUGUCUCGUGUUUGCAACACCCCUGUGUUGUGCACUGUUUCCUCAAAAAAGUUCUAUGUCUGUAACACGCUUGGAGCCAGAAUUGCAAGCCAAGAUCCGAGAGAACAGCUCUGAACUAGAACGUGUAUACUUUAAUAAAGGAUUAUAAUAAUUCAAGGAAGGAAAAUACCUUUCAAGGAGGAUCUUGUGAACUUAUUUUUUGUGUGCCAACAUAAGUUGAAGAUGAGAACUCACUUUCAACUUGUCCUUUUGUUAAACAACUUUGAUGAUCGGCAUUAUUUUAUAUUUGAAGACUUUCAUUGUUGUAGUGUUUGAAUUAGAAAAGGUCACUUUGUCCACUUUGGUAUUGAUUAAAA